GCAUUUUUACCUCCUAACUGGAGUGUUUCCAUUGACAACACUACAACAACAAGCAUCCGAUUCUCCUGGCAAAACCUGCAAACACUCGUUGGUCAACGAAUAAGUUAUUACCCUGUAGUCGUCAAAAACUCAUAUGGUAAUAUCGUAAACGGUUACAUUGUCCCAGGAAAUACUACGUCCCACGUGUUCUCUGGACUAACGGCGUACAGGGAAUAUCGGUUAUCUGUUGUUGGUGUAAAUUACAGUGGGAAUGCCUACAAUAGCAGGGAGAUCACAGCAUGGACAGACGAAGGGGGUACGUGUAUUACUUAAAGAUGUUGUUCUAUUUUCAACCUUGACGACACUUUUAUCCCCAAUAAAUGCUUAGCACCCACAACUCUGUAGUAGGUAUUAAAUCUUAAUACUGCAGCCAUAUUGAUUGAGCUACGACGUUUCGGACUUCAGAACAGAAAAUUGUUGGUGAUUGGUUUGCUUGCGUGACAAGGGUAACAAAUACAAUUUUUGAUCUUUUAUAAACUUUGUUUUUAUUAGUUCCCAGCACAGCUCCAUCAAAUAUCCGACUUUCAAACUUAGAGGAGACUGAGGUGAAAGUACAGUGGAAUCCACUCUCCCAGCAUCACGCUCGUGGACGUCUCCUUGGGUACAGAGUCUACCAUAGGGAAUACCGCACCUCCAGAUAUUAUUAUUAUUAUUAUUACGACCCGUAUUUGGGUAAGAGUGUCAACACUAGUAGUGCCGAAGUUACUAUGGUGAUAUUAACGGACCUAAAGGAAGCCAGAGCUUACCAAAUAGCAGUCGCAGCUUUUACGUCUAAAGGCGAAGGACCACGCUCA